AUUCUGCUCGUACGAUUCACAUGAACGGAUCGUACAUGCAUUCCACAGUACAAUAGAUUCGAUCUUAAAUAUUUGUAUCGUACAUAAUCGUAUCGUUCGUGAUUCAACUGUUUUACUGUUUGUUCGUCACUGUAAGGAAAACAAUGGUAAAAAUGAAAGAUCCAGGAACGAUAGUUGUUCAAAAUGUACAACGUAAUACGUGAUCGAUGUCUUACAGUGGAUGUGGAUACGCGAGAAAAAAUAAAAGUACGCCAUAUUUGUUUUUGAAGCAACUCAUCCCAUGUCUAAUUUACGAUAAUGAGAAAAAAAUAUCGGUUCAGAAAUGAGUUAAAACACGUGGAUCUGCUCCAACUUUGAAAUUUCAAACAGUGUAAAAUAGUUAAAUAUAGAGGGUAUGUAGGUGUUCUGAUUGUAGUAAUUAACGUGCCUUCAAGACUUUGGCUGCAUCACAUAAGCAGAGAACAUGUUAUGAUUUGCUGUUUAUGUGUGUAAUGUUCGUGCCUAUGCUUAUUGCCUAUUAUGCAAAUAAAAUUUUAUUAUAAAAUGGCGAAGAAUGCUUCAUUGAUGCCGUGCGCGAACACUGUACAAGAAAAUGAAAAAAUGCUACAUGAAUCAUGUCGUAGACAUCAAAUGGAUGCUAAAUAUAAGGAAGAUUUUGAAAAAUUGUUUAUGAAACUCAAUUCCAAUUGUCAACUAAAACCAUCCAAAGAAGAAAUGCAAGCUACAUCUUGGAGUAACAAAAAUGUUAUGAAUUACACAUAUGGGCCGAUCCCAGAAUUUUCGCCUGGCUCUUGGUGGGGUAUUCGUAUGGACUGCUCCAGAGAUCGAGUUCAUGAUCCUUUUGACAAAAAUAUCCAGAUCGGACCAUUUGGAGUUACUUCAUUUUGCACUUCGAGUGUUAAUUUGAAUGAAGAUGUUGAUCUUGGUAAUUUUCUCACUCUUACAGGCCAGAAGUAUUUCGAUGAAAAGCCUGACACGGAUCCAUUAAUUAAAAACUAUGAGAAUCAAAUACCAGUGAGAUUAAUUAGAAGUUAUAAUCUGUUGAACGAAUUUGCUCCAAAAACGGGCUACAGAUAUGACGGCCUGUAUAUUGUGGUGAACUUCUGGAUAGGUGUGAAUCCAGACUCUACAAAGUAUUACAAAUUUGCUUUGUUACGUUUAACCAAUCAAGAUCCACCAUCCUGGAAUAUCAAGCAGUCUUCUCCGAGAUCUGUAUCACUUCAGAGCAACGAUAGCUCUUCUUCGAGCCUGUACGAGUUUAAAAAGUACUUGCACAAUUCUGAACAAGUACAAAAGGGGAAGCACGAUAAAGCAAGUGCAUCUUUGCAAUCCCCAAAUUUUGAGAGCAGAAAGUUUGACGAAAAGGAACGAGGUGCUUCUGAAAGUGCAAUAGUAACUCGUCACGUGUUUAAGAAAGGAAAUACAGACUGUGCAUUUAGCACACCCAGUAUGUCCAUUAUGUCUGAGAAUAAAACGCUAACUCAUAUUUGUACUCAAGGAUCCAAAGCCCACAACACGAACAUUUCUAUACGUACAGGACUUUAUGAUUCGUCGCAUAGUACGCAACACGAUGUUAAGAAGAAUACUUUAUCGACGUUUUCUAGGACUGUUAAGCCGUUUAAUUUACUCCGAGCUAAUCAACAAACGGAUACCGUAAGUUUAUCUAGUAAAGAUAAGAAUAAAGGUUUAGAUGGAAAGGUACAAACGAUCGGAGCAAAUGAAUUCCCCAAGCGUGUGAAUUAUAUUUCGCCUAAUACCAUGAAGUCGGAUAUGCUUAAAACGAAGAUAACUAAAGAUACGAGCACAACAAUAUGCUGUAGUCCAACAGAUGCAACUUCAAAUUCUUGUUAUAAACAUGAGAACAAUAUCAGUGAGAUGCACGAAGAUGCAACAAAUGACUUUAAGAGUAUUCACGACAGGAAUUCAUCUGCAGCUCCCAGUAAUAUAUUAAACGUGAAAAAUUCUUUGUACAGAGAUAAUAAUCCACCGGCCAUAACUGCACUGAAAGAGUCGCAAGAAUUAAAAUCGCUCGACUCCUUAGAUACAUUGACGCCAGAUAAAAUUCUACAUUUGAUCAACAACAAGUGUCAUCCUUUAUCGAAGCUGCUCAUGGGUAAUAUGAUUGGGUUAACAUCGGAACAAUCUGCGGAAUUGAAACCGCAUGAUUUAUCAAUUGUUCAGUCCGAGAGUAAGAGCAAAAUAGGAACGUCAAAGAAUGUUGUGGAAGAAACAAAAGCAAAGAAAAAGGGUUCGGACGAUUUACCCACGGCAAGAUAUUAUAAAUUCCGACGGCACAGAAGAUUACCUAGAAAAAUAGUGAAUGGAGAAUUGCAGAAAAGAUCUGUUCAGUCUUCAAAUAUUUUGGAGCAAAGCGUGAUGAGUUUUAAUGCAUGCAUCGGUUCUAAUACAUCGGUCGAGAAGGACAGUUUGCAUUCCAGCAGUCACAGCAAGGAUGUUAAAAGUAAAAUAACGAAACAGAAGAAGAUUAAUUGUCUACAGGAGUCGUCGAAAAGUAUGAAAAGAAACAUAGGAACCAGAAAUGAGAUAAGGACACGUUUGAGAACUGUGAAAGCAAUCAAGUCGCCAAUGAAGAAGCACAUAAACAAGAAGCAAAGACGAGAGAUCGCGAAUUUAUUAAUAGAUGCAAAAAUUGGUCCAAAAAUACGUGGCCCGCGAAACAGAAGGUUACGAUGUAUAAGUAAUACAUACUCGAAAAACUCGUGCGAACGAUUCGGCGGUGGAAUUUGUACGUUAAGCAAAUGUCAAAUUAAUCCUGAAAUAUCCGGGCAACAGACUAAUUUAAGAAAUCGUAGCAGACUGAUUAAAAUCGGAGGCUAUAAACGCAUUAGGGAUAAGCAGGUGGAAGGUAUUAAGAAGUUUGAAGCGCUGAAAGAGAAUAGAAUACACAAGAAUCUCACUGUACCUGGGAAAGUAAAUAAACACGACGUCGGCGAGAAGAUUGUAAAUAAUAUUAGUAUCGACGUAAGAGACGACAACAAGAAAUCAAAGAUCGUGAAGACUACUGAAACCAUGGUCAUGAACCGUAAAAGGAAAUUAAUGCAACCAAUUCCUACAAAACUGAAAAACGUGAAAUCUGAGGAAACAACGAAAGCAGUUUCUAAACCUUGUAAAAGUGAUGCUGUUACCCAGUGUUCCCUUAUUAAGGAACCGUUGAUGAGAAACUUGAAGCUAUACGAUUUUGGCCAGAAGUGUAAUCGCAAUGAGCAGUACACUUUUAUCAAGAUAGAAUACGGCGAGAGCAAAGAUGUAAAAUCUGAAACGUGCGAAGCUGCCCGAUCAGAUAAGGAGAAGAAGAGAUAUAAAUGUGUACAACCUACAUGUAACGCGCAACACUCUACAAGUACAAACACAUUGACAAGUAACAAUAUUUUGAACACGAAGGAGCAAAAUAGAGUAUCAAUGAAACGAAUGUCCGCAUUUGUACCUGUUAAUGCUUUGGACAGCGAUUUGAAAAUUGCUCGUCUCAGAUCAAUAGGAUUUAGACCAAUACCUAACGAGGGUACGCAGAACAACGCUAAUCAUAGUAAAGAAGAUUCCUCGGGGACAUUUAUUAGCAAAGUGUUAAGGCAAAAUGUUGCUGAGAAAUACAACAAAUAUACUAACGAGGAGAAUGACAUUGUGGUAUACAUGGACGACGAGUUACAGUAUCAGGAUAUCGAGGACGAGGAUAAUAAUAUAUUGUACGCCAAACGCAAACCGUUGAAAACGGAGGGUAGUUGUGGUUCUAGCAACGAUGACAAAGAAGGAGAACCGUCUGACAAUCCCAGAUUGUCAUUAGAACAAGAUUUAGAAUCACCUUGGCAUGGCUGGAAAAAAGUUGUAACAAAUACCGACACGUACUGGGUUGGUUGGUAAAAAAGAUGAAACCUUAAAUGUAUCAAAUAAUUUGUAAUUUUCUGUAUUAUUGUAUUAGGACAAGAAAUUUCUAUAUGUACACAUACGUAUGAGUGAAUGUGUCCGUACAUAUAUGUACACGUAUAUAUAUUUUUUCCGCCAAAAGAAAGGCUGUUGAUAUAAUACUAAGUUAUUUUUUCACUGAUAGCUGUAUCGAUUUAAUGAAUUAAAGUGUAAUUGUAGAUAAUGCUUUUUGUAGAAUAAAUUUUGUUGAAUUGAUUCGCAUUCUCAGAUUGAAUUCGUUGUUAUGUCUUUUGCUAUGUGUUUUACUAAUAAGACAUAAAAUGUAAUUGUAAGACGCUAAUAAUUAAUAGUACAAAAUAUAGCGAUUUACUUUUAACAAAUGAACUUUAUUGUUAUUUCAUGGAACAGAAUAAUAUAUUCGUUCCACAAAUAUAAAUUAUGUAUACAGAAAUAUUUUUAUUGUACAGAAAAUAAAGUUUAAUGAAGACCGA